AUGGGCGGUGGUCGCAGACGCCAGAACAAGUCAUGGCAGUCCCAGGAUCAAAGCUGGAACCAGCCUCAAGGCAAGUGGCAGUACUGGUCCGGAUCUUGGCCCUCUUCGCCGCGUUGGCAGCGGGGUGCUUCGAGUCGGGACACGGAGUUGCGCUACGACAGUGUCGAUGUCUCGUCCUCAGGAGUCGAACCGCAACCUGUCAGGACUAUGGAGCACAUGGAGGCUACGUUCGGGGAGGGUGGCACAGUCCUCGCCCAGGAGAUCCAAAAGUCCCUGAAUCAAGCGAGAAAGGCAGACAUCCGCGUGCGAAAAGUGCGGGAAAGCGUCGAGCUUCGCAAAAAGCAGUGGGCUGCUUAUGCGCGACAAAUGAAGAACUCCUUUCUCAAGCAGCGGCAGAGCCACGAAGCAGACCUCAAGAAAUUGGAGCAGGAGGAGGCCGAGGCUACUGCAGCCGGCCGCGACGCGGCAGAGCACAUGCAGGCCUUGGCUUUGUACGGGGUGGCCCCGGUUGCAGAGGAAGGCCAGCCACACGACACGGCUUGGGAGCAGCUGCUGACAGCUGCGGAGCCGGAGCAGCCGGCUUCGGAGUUUCUCUCCCGGGCUUUGGCCACAGCAAGACAGAUGCAGCUUGGCACAGGGCCAAGGGCCCCGGCACGUUGUGCCCCAGGGCUCGGUGGAGAGACAGUGACAAGCGCCGGGCCGGUGGAGCCUGGACAUCCCAGUGCUGGGGCAGACAUGGGGGUUCCGCCACGGAGUGCUCAGAUGACACAUGCUCCCCAGGCAAUUCGGGACCCCUACUUGUGGGGUCAAGCAGCGACCGGCAACUCCGGCUCCCCCGACUGGUGGUAUGACGUUGGAGGAGAAGCUUGUUCGUCGACGAGAAGUGGAGAUGUUGGCGUUUCAAGUGGGACUGUCUACGGGAACGACGGCCCCUCCGCAUAUGCCGGUGCCUUCGACACCACCGCCGAAUGCGCCUCCGCACCCAGCGCCGCCGGUGGCACAUGUCCUGUCGGACGACGACCAUUCCGACGACGAGGACAUGGACGUGUCCAGCUUGAUCAGAAA